AUGCCUUCCUCCCCCACCCUUCCUGCGAUGAAGACCUCCCCCAAAUACAUCUUCUUCACGGACUUUGACGGCACCAUAACUCAGAGUGACUCCAAUGACUUCCUCACCGAUAACCUGGGCUACGGCCAGGUUCUGCGCAAGCAAGGAAAUCAGGAUGUGCUGAACGACAAGAUGAGCUUCCGCGAUUCCUUCCAGGGCAUGAUGGACUCGGUCAAGACGCCCUACGACAAGUGCAUCGCCACGUUGCUGGAGAAUAUCAAGUUGGAUGUCGGCUUCAAGGCCUUCUUCGAAUGGGCGCGAGAGAACAACGUGCCCGUCGUGGUCCUGAGCUCGGGCAUGACGCCGAUCAUCAGGGCCCUGUUGACGCAUCUGGUCGGGCCCGAGGCGGAGGAGAUCCAGAUCGUGAGUAAUGAUGUGACGAAUCGGGAGGGGAAGAGCAUCAACGAGGAGGGUGGCUGGCAAAUUGUGUUCCAUGAUGAGAGUCAUUUCGGGCACGACAAGUCCCUCGAAAUCAGACCGUACGCUGCACUCCCUGACUCCGAGCGCCCGACCAUGUUCUAUGCCGGGGACGGAGUGUCGGAUUUGUCGGCUGCGAAGGAGACGGACUUGCUGUUCGCUAAGAAGCACCACGACCUCGUCCACUACUGCGUCCGCGAGUCCAUCCCCUUCACCGAAUUCGAAGACUGGUCCAACAUCCUCGCAGACGUGAAACGCAUCGUCUCUGGCGAGACGACCGUGCAGCAGGUCUCCGCCGAGGGCGUGGAAGCCUUCAAGAGGGGCGGCAGCCAGGUCAACACGGUUGUGAAAUAG